UUGGGGUAUCCAAUUGAAACCCCGUGGAUUAUUCUGACAACAGUCUGACUUGACUGGAAAUUGUCCCAUUUGGCUCCUGCAGGGUUGUGCUAUUUAUUUGUGCCCGGUAUACAUGUCUGAGCGAGAUUCAAGACAUUCGCCCAGUAUCCGGCCUCUGUCGAUGCUGGUCAAUGGCGAUCAGACGGCGCUGCUAGUUUCAGAGUCGCCGUCGAAAAAAACGAAAACCGCCAAGGGAAGAUGCAAAAUCCGGCCGCCCAUGCGCAGAGGCACCUCUUUGGCAAAUAGCAAGUUCAUAUAUUCCGUAGAUGAUGACGUCAAUGACGAAGUCGAUGACAGCGACAAGGCCGACGAAGUCUUUGUCAAACGGGACAAAAAAUACAUCGACGGGUACCACGAUGCGUUGAGGGACUUCUACCAGCACAAAAAGACCAAGAUGGCCGACGUCCAAGGCCCAGGCCUGCCAUCGGUGGACUCGGAUCUGCACCAUCCAAUGCUGAAAAAGGUUCUUGUCGAACGAACCGACCCGAUCGACGAGGCCGGCGAAAUCGGAGCCUUAGAACCACGGGGCAGCGACGAGGAAAACGAAGUAAUUGCCGAGGGGCAAGAAGAUGCAGAAGAUGCCAAAUCAACCAUCUCGACGUCCUCUUCCGGCACGCUCGAAUCGCUCAACUUGAAGGACCGGCAGAACGCCAUCAAUCUGACCCACCCCUUUGGUAUCAAAAUCUGGAAACCGUCCAUCUACAAAAAGAACCGGUCUGUGGCUGUGCGUGCCGACGAGGACAUCCACGACUUCGAGCCACGCAGACCGACAAGUCCGAUUUUCAUCGGUGUCUAUGCGACCAACCUCAUUUGGAGCUGCACGUUUGGGCUUCUUCUCUGCACACUCUGUUUCAUCGGCGCCAUCAUCGUGUUUGUGUGCUCGGGCUUUGCGUGGCACCGGUCCCUGAGGCCAUACGUGAAGUUACUAGUCCAGUUGGGCAAGUACUGGCUUUAUCCGUUCGGCAAAUUCGUGCUCCUCAACAAAGACGAGAACUACCUCGACGAGGACGAGUUGGACGGCCGGUCCAUUUCCGAGUUCCAUCGCUGGCGACUCGAGGAAGAAGGCAGACUAUUCUUCGCUCCACCACGCCGAAUGACCAACACCACCGAGUCCAGGCCUUUACUUAAGGACCACAAAGGCAGGCCCUGGAGAGACGCCUAUGCUUCCACGGGCGAAGGCCAAAGUUCCAGUGCCAUUGAAGAAGGCCAACAAGCGACUGAAGACCUGCCACAGGACAUCGAGGCCAACGACGUGAAAGUCAGGUUUUUCGGCCGCGGCAGCUGGUCGUCUGGCAGGCUCAUGUUCUACUUGCUUUUCUAUGGCAUUUUGCAGCCCGUCUCGUUUGUCAUUGCCGCACUCUGCUGGCUUUUCGUCUUCACUAUUCCAAUCGCCAACCUCAACAGGAUUCUCUGUGAACAUGUGCGCCGGAGACCUUUGGCGCUCCACUUUGAGAAAGAAAAAGAUUACUACAAAAGAGUGGCGAACUCCAAGAAGUCAAAAAACCAGUCGAUCAUCCUUUGCACGUACCGGUGCUGUGGUCUCCACUACUACAAGUACACGUUGGGGGGAACAAAUAUCUUUUUCUUCAACUUGCUUCUGGUGGUGUUUUUGGUCAUUUUUGACUACUACGCCUUGAAAGAAGGCCUCGGGUGGGACACCUGGUACACCGACUCAUCUUUCCUCUUCUGUGGGUGUUUGUUCUCCAUUAUCCCGUUGGCUUAUUUCAUCGGACAGGCCGUUGCGUCGAUUUCGGCACAGUCUUCCAUGGGUGUGGGUGCGGUGAUCAAUGCUUUCUUUUCCACUGUCGUGGAGAUCUUCCUCUACUGUGUGGCUCUUAACCAAUCCAAGGGGAAGCUUGUGGAAGGCUCUAUGAUUGGCUCCAUUUUGGGAGGUGUGUUGCUCUUGCCCGGACUUUCGAUGUGCGGGGGAGCGCUCAAGAGAAAAACGCAGCGGUAUAAUCCCAGAUCUGCAGGUGUCUCUUCCACCAUGCUUCUCUUUGCCAUGUUGGUCAUGUUUGCGCCAUCUCUAUUCUACCAGAUGUAUGGCACAUAUGAGAUUAGGUGCCGUGCAUGUGACCAUACGGACAUAUCUGAUUGCACCACUUGCCAGUUCACCCAACCAAACUUGAAUUUGGAUGCUUUAUACUACAAUGUGCUCCGUCCAUUUUCGUUGCUUGUGGCUCUUGCUUUGUUUCUUGCGUAUGUUUGUGGCCUCUAUUUCACCUUAAAAACUCACGCCUCCUUGAUCUGGGCCACCAAUUCUCACGAGCAGCAGGCUGCCCAGACGAGAAAAGAUGCCAAUGGCUGGAGGUCUCCCAGCAUUGUAAGCUUGGAACAAACUUCAGUGGCCAGAGUGCAUUCCAGUUCUCGACAUGAUCAUACCUCUCAUUUUCCCACAGGCCUUAGAUCGGGUCUUUCUUCCCCUGGAAUGGAGGGUCCGAAAAAGAGACAUCUAGUCUCUCUGAAACUGGCUCCGGCUGAACCGCUUGUGCACAAGGAUUCCGAAGCUGAUGUCACCAUGAACGAUGAUAGCGGUGGACAUGAUGCGCCCAACUGGUCAAACACAAAGUCAUCAGUGAUUUUGUUGGGUUCGACUAUUUUAUAUGCUAUCAUUGCUGAAAUUUUGGUGGACAAUGUCGAUGCUGUGCUCUCACACUUUCCCAUCAACCCCAAGUUCUUGGGGUUGACAGUUUUUGCCCUUGUUCCCAACACUACUGAAUUUGUCAAUGCCAUCUCUUUUGCUGUCGGAGGUAAUGUUGCGUUGUCCAUGGAAAUCGGAAGCGCCUACGCUUUGCAGGUUGUGCUCAUUCAAAUUCCAAGUUUGGUUGUUUACUCAGUGGUAAAAGGGUACACCAACAUAGAGAUGAUAUUUCCUCUCAUUUUUCCACGUUGGGAUGUGAUUGCUACGCUUGCAUCAAUUUACCUCUUCACAUACGUGUACGCCGAGGGCAAGUCAAACUACUUCAAGGGUGUAAUUUUGAUUCUCAUUUAUAUUGUUGUUCUCGUGGGCUUCUACAUGGAUGAUGUUGUGGCAGACCUUGACGAAGUUCGGGAAGUGAGCGCCCCAGCUAUGGAAAUGCUUUCUAGGAUUCUUUCUCGCUAAAGGCUUCAUUUGAAAAUAGCAGAACCAAGUAGUCAAGCAGAAUGUACAAACUUCUUAUAGUUUGCACCAUACAUGGACGUUUUAAGUAGUUAUAAUUUCGUUGGUGGUUCCGUUGUUGAUUUGAAGAUUCAUAUAGCCGUCAUACCACUCCCAAUUCAAUUUUGUUUGGGGGUGUUUACGAAUCCAGUUAGUUGAAACUGUAUUGAACUGAUAAUUGAGCGUAUAUUCUUCUAUAAUUUGCUUCUGUA